AUGGCGGAUACAGUGCAAUACUUGAUGGAGCUCAUGAUUCCUGAGCUAGAGGACUUGGAGCGCAAGGGGUACUUCUCUCGCAAGAAAUCCAUUGCCGAGAUAGCAAUUGUGCGGCGUAUUCACUUCAUUUACGAGCGUGCGGGGCGCAAGUUCAGGAGUGAUCUCAGCCUCUGGAUGCGCUGGAUCGAGGCUUGCAAACGUUACAAAAGUUCAAAGCAGCUGUCCAAGGUGAUAACAAAGGCGCUGCAGCGACACUCCACCGUAUCCGAGCUGUGGAUUGAAGCGGCGCGGUGGGAAUUCGACAUGAACAACAACAUUACAGCGGCCCGUAGUCUCAUGCAGCAAGGCAUCCGCAUGUGCAAGACGGACGAAACCAUAUGGGUGCAGUAUUACCACUUGGAGCUUCUGUAUGCGCUGAAGCUGCGCUUGAGGCGUCGCGUCCUGGGUUUGGACGACCCCUCAGCUGCGGAAGAUAUUGACGAAGCAGAUGGCCAGUCAGUGGCGGCAGCUCGCGCGGUUAUGCAGGGUGGCGUGGCACGCAUCGUGUACAAGAAUGCUGUCGCCGCGUUACCCGGCCGUUUGGCUUUUCGCGCACGCUUCCUUGGGGUCCUGCGUGGCUUCGAGUACGGAUUUGUGGAGGCCCUACUGGACCAAGUGUACGACAGCAUACGCCAGGACUUUGGCAAGGUUGAGGAGGCCUGGGACCUGCUGGCACGACGCCACAUUGACUUUCCCACCUCCAGGCGAAGCAACCUGAGCGAGGAGAAAGAAGGGGAUGCGGCUGAGCGGCAGCUGGGUCAGCGGGACGGGUCAACCUGGAUGUCGGACCAGAUACAGGUCGACGCACAGGCGCCCAAUGUGGAACCGGCAUGGGAUGCGGACGGACACCGGCAGGCGUGCUCUGUGUACGAAGAGGGACUUACUGCUGUGCCUACUCCCCGUAUCUACCGGGUGUUCUCUAAGUACCUCUGCGAGACGUUGGACCGGUUGAUGGCGCAAGGGGAAGCGGUGCUGCAGCCAGCAUUGACGGUGGCCGCGCAGCUAUUCAGCUUGCUUCAGCGAGCCCAUAGUUCGUCCUGCAGCUGCCCCGAAACGUAUCUCACCUGGGUGGACUGGGCGGAGAGGGUGCAGCAGCCAAAGAUGGCGCUGAAGGCGGCACGCAAGGGCUGUGAGCGCUUCCCUUCGAACGUCGCGAUGUGGCGGCGGCGUCUGGAACUCGAGGUGGUCCGCAGCGGCGACAGAAAAGAUCACGCGGUGCAGGAGAUCAUGGCCAUAUUUGAGGCUGCAUUGCAGGCAACAUCUCCAGAGCAGACGUGCGAGGUGUGGCUUAUGGCUAUCGACACGCUGCCAGCUAAUUGCCCGGAGUUUGCGCGACUGGGUGAAAUGCUGGCUGUCACAUGCGCUAAGGUGGCCAAGAAAGCGCCCUCGGGCGGCCUUGGGCAGGUGGCCACAGCGCUGGUUGAGAAGGCCAGGGGUUCGCUUGGAAUAGACAACGCACGGCAUUUAUAUGCCAAACUUCUCGCUGUGCCGGCGCCCGGCGGCGACCUGUAUCGAUGUGCCAUAAGGCUAGAGCGUGAUGCGCUGCGGCUGGAGUACUCCGCAGACAAUAUGGCUUCGGGUUCAUGUGCGCCGCCCAAACAGGCGGCUAAGCGAAUUGCAGAUCUGUACGAGGCGGCCAUUGCAGCGUACGGCAAAACGGAAACUGAUCUAUGGCUUGACUAUGCGGUUUGGCUGACGCAGUGCGGGAAGGGAUCGGGGCAGGUGUACUGGCGGGCAACGAAGGAGCUAGCUGAACCUGACUCCUUCAUUGCACAAUAUCGAGAAGCGCUGCAAUAGUGCUAUGGUGGAGACGCGAAGGCCCCCAUUUGGCUGUUGCCACAUAAUGUCUGUGCACUUUACAUUUUUUUGCAGGUAGAAGUGUUCAGGAUAUUCAUGAUCUCAUAUUGGUGUCCCCAUAACGUUGACUUCGUAUCGGAUGCAGCCGAGACGUUAGGCUUUUUGAUGUCACUGUAACACGACAUGCAUUAGAUUGUUUACAACUCGCAUUCCAGCUGUUGCUGAAGAGGGUUACUUGCCAGAAGAGGGAGGCUUGCCAAGUAAGGUACGUAUGCCACCAGAGAGUCCGGUGUUGUGGAAUUCGUUGCUGGUUUGGAAGGAGGGUAGGACGCAAGGUCGGGGAGAGCAAUUCUUUGGGCUGCCCUGGUCGCACAAUUCUUGUGCUUUCCUAAAUCGACACUCCGAACAGGCCAAUUCUGAUUGUCGGAAUGUCCCUACCAGGCCAAUUCGACACCCCGACAGGCUAAAUCAGACUGUCAGAAUGUCCUGCCAGGCCAAUUCGUGUCCCUGUCAGGCUAUUCCAAGGGCCUGUCCCGGCAAUUUAACUUGUCCCGUGUUUAGCCCACGUGCCAAUUAAAACCCGUAUACCGAGCAGUUUCGAGCAAUUGCGGGGUCGGCCCGGAAACUCAGGCUGGCUUCCGGAAUCGCGGGACUUGAAGGAAUUUUAUGAAAGCUCUGUAAGGGGAACACUUACAAGUGUCUCACGUGCGUACUCUGUUGAUUUCGAUUCCGGUACGUGGGGCAGAAGUGUCAGGAACCCUACGCACCUGGUUACCGUAUUCUGUACUCAUUGAUUCAUAUAUUCAUUGUGUGUGUGUCCGUGUUCGACGAAAAGAUACCACCACCCGAACCGACCCGAACCAGAGGCGUGUGUGCAUGGCGAGCCGCCCACAAUGUAACACCCCUUUUAUCCGUUCAUUCAUUGAUUCGGUCAUUCAUUCAAUUAUUCAUUCAAUUAUUCAUUCAAUUAUUCAUUCAUCCAAUCAUUCAUCCAAUCAUUCAUCCAAUCAUUCAUCCAAUCAUUCAUCCAAUCAUUCAUCCAAUCAUUCACACGGACGAAGAGACGUAAACACGCGCCCUGCCCUGCAUUGUGGUGUGGCCCGGCACAAUGUAACACCCCGUUCAUUC